UUAUAGGUAUAUUUAUUACAGUACAACAAUUUGAAAAUGAGACGCGCUGAGAAUUAGCCAGUAAAGCUUAGUAUGAAAAAUAAUGGCAGUAACAAAUACUCAUUGAAAAUAAUAAUCAACCAAAGCGACUUCAACCAAUGUCGGCACGAAAGUUUAUCUCAAAAUGGUGGAACUUGUAAUCGCGUACAAGUUAAACUAAUACUGAACUCAUUAGCAUGUGACUGCAAUGCGUACUGGCUUCGCGAGUUGCUGCACAGUUGCUCGCUAUUUACGCCAGAGGAGCCUAAUCGUGUAAAUUGCACAACGCCGUCUGGACUAGCAGUGCUACUUGCCCACCACCGUCAAAGCUUAACAUGCUCGUACAGUGGUCCCUGCCCUACAGGUUGUGCGUGCGAUAAACGGCAGCCCGACAAAGCGACGGUGGUGCGGUGUGCGGGUCCGUUGCCACGGGCUCCAAGUUGGCCGCCGGCUGCACCUGGCUACUCGGUAGCGUUGCACGUCGCGCCCGGGACGCUGGCUGCCGUGCCGCGCCUCAAGCUCGUAGAACUGCAUGCCCCUAAUAACAAUAUAACCAACAUUGAUAAAGAGGACAUACCUGAUACCUUGAGUGUCCUCGACGUGCGCAACAACAGCAUCGCGCGCAUCACAUCGGUGGCGGCGAAGAUGCUCCUGAGUCUGAGCAAAAAUGUCGACUAGAAAGUGUCGCUCGUCGGCAACCCGCUCGCCUGUGAGUGCGAAGACGAAUACACGAUCGCGACGCUGCAACGUGCCAAGAUAACGGAUUGGAAUACGACGCAGUGUGUUGACCGUCACUAUGUUGUCAAUAAGAGGAAACUAUGUAAUGAUAAAACGCUUCCGACAUUGCUGGGAGUCAUAGGGGCUUUGUUUAUUCUGAUAUUAGCAGCACUAUUUUUUCUCUGAUUACGGCCCCGCAUUAAUCACUUCCUCUUUUAUCAUGGUAUGUGCUUGAAAUAUGUGCUGAAAGUUAAAGAUGACACUGAUGAUCCUAUAAAAACACACGACGUGUUCAUAUCGUAUUCUAAUAAAGACUUGGAGUUUGCCAAAAAAAAUAUUGAAAACCUUGAGAGCUACGGCCACUCCACCAUAGAACACUGCCGUGAUUGGCUUCCAGGAGAAACAGUGAUUCGGCAGAUUACUGACUGUAAUGAGCGCAAGGCGAACUCUGCUGCUUGUGUCCGAUAACUAUGCUGAAAUGCUGAAUCAAAGUGGGCUCUAGAAGAGU